UGACUCUGCACAUCGGGCUCAUAUUAAAGAGGGAUGCAUGGAGAUCUCAGACAGCUGCAGCAAACAUCCAUCUCCUCACCUGAAGUCCAGCGUGUCCCGUCUGCAGCAGAUGCCGACUCUCCCUCUGCCUCCUGCUCCUCCUUCAGGGCGCCUCCUCCUCCUCCUGAGCCAGCUGCAUCAUGGGAGGUUCCACCUCCUCCCUCAUUGACGAGGCCGAGGGUGAUGAUGCUGCACCUCGGGGUGCAGCUCUGCCCCCCUCCCCCGUCAUGGGAUGUCUGAGGAGCAGCCAGAGCGCCUCCCUCCCUCGGCAGCUUCCCCGACCCGACAGGCACAGAGAGCGCAGUUUCUCCUCGGGCUCGAUGCCGGUGCAGAGGAGCCAGUGGGCUUGUGGCUGCUGCACUUUCCUCAACGCAGCCGGCGCCCCCCGCUGCUCCGUCUGCGAAGCCCCUCGGCGGAGACCGGACACCCGGUGGACGUGGCAGGGGACCGGCAGGGAGGACGGGCGCUGGUCCUGCCCACGCUGUACGCUGUCCAACCCCUCCGACCACCCGGCCUGCUCGCUGUGCGGGUGCUCCACCGGCGCCGGCGCCCUGGACCGACCCCGGGGGGGCUCGUCCGGGGACCGGCCCCGACCUCUGCGCUCCAGCAGCUGCUCCGGACUCCUGAGGCCGGAGGACGCCAUUAUUCAGAGCCUGGUCUGGGAGUGUUUGAGGUGCACUCUGCAGAACACCCCAACCUCCAUGUCCUGCUCUGCUUGUGGCGGACCACGCAAACUGUCUCUCCCCCAGAUCCCCGCUGAUGCCUUGCUCAUUCCGGGGGAGCCAACCGGAGCGGGACAGCCGGAGCCUGCAGCGGGGGCGCUGUCCCUUAGCAUCUCGACCGGCGGAGAGAGUUUACCGGUGGAAGCUUCACGUCCACAAACAAACUCCUCAGGUCAUCACAACCCUCUUCCCUGCAGCCGCAGAGAGGUGCCGCCUGCAGACGGCUGCCUCGGUCAGACUCCUGCCUUAAGUCCUUCCCCGUCAACGCUCCCCGUUUCACAACCGGAGCUGCCGCCCGGCAGACGGCUCAGCAUCCUGAAGGAGGAGAUGUCGCCGCUGUCGCCCGCACCUGCGUCGUUCCCGCCGUGCCUCACCGCCGCCAACCUCGCCAACGACACAGAGGAGUGGUCGUGUCCCGCCUGCACUCUCAUCAACGAGGUCAAAGCCAAACACUGCCUGGCCUGCCACACGCCUCAGCGGCUCGCUGCCCAGCUGCAGCCGGCACCGACCCCGAAGAGGAAGGAGAGCACGCCGGUGGAGGCGCUGCGGCAGAGCGACGAGGGGGAGGCCAAGGAGCUGUGGGAGAGCAUCGUGGGCUUCUGCAGAGAGAACGCCGUGACGUUUGUGGACGACAGCUUCCCUCCCGGUCCGACGUCGGUGGGCUUCCCGGCGGACGACAGCGUGCAGCACCGCGUCAGGAGGUGGCUUCGCCCGCAGCAAAUCAGCUGCUGCAGCUCCAGAGAGCGCGCGGAGGGGUGGAGCGUGUUCCGCACGCUCCACCCCUCCGACAUCCUGCAGGGACUUCUGGGUAACUGCUGGUUCCUGAGUGCCUUGGCUGUUCUGGCCGAACGUCCCGAGCUGGUGGAGAAGGUGAUGGUGACGCGCUCGCUGUGUGCAGAAGGAGCCUAUCAGGUGCGUCUGUGCAAAGACGGCUCGUGGACCACGGUGCUGGUAGACGACAUGCUGCCGUGUGACGACAGCGGACACCUGCUCUUCUCUCAGGCCCAGAGGAAGCAGCUCUGGGUGGCUCUGAUUGAAAAGGCGCUCGCCAAGCUCCACGGCUCCUACUUUGCUUUGCAGGCCGGUCGUGCCAUCGAGGGCCUCUCCACGCUGACCGGGGCCCCCUGCGAGUCGCUGGCCCUCCAGAUCAGUACCACCAACCCCAUGGAGGAACCGAUCGACACAGACCUCAUCUGGGCCAAGAUGCUGAGCUCCAAGGAAGCAGGCUUCCUAAUGGGGGCGUCUUGUGGAGGAGGUAACAUGAAGGUGGAUGACGCGAUGUACGAGUCUGUGGGUUUACGUCCACGUCACGCUUACUCUGUCCUCGAUGUGAGAGAUGUAGACGGUCACAGGCUACUGCAGCUGAGGAACCCGUGGGGUCGCUUCUCCUGGACUGGACCCUGGGCAGACCACUGGCCCAACUGGCCUCCACACCUGAAGAGGGAGCUGUGCGCCCAGCGAGCUGAGGACGGCCUGUUCUGGAUGGACUUCUGGGAUUUCAUCAGGUACUUUGACUCAGUGGAUAUCUGUAAGAUUCAUUCAGACUGGCAGGAGGUCCGAGCGCCGGGUGUUUUUCCCCGAGGAGCCGACGUCCCGGUGACGGUGGCGACCAUCACAGUGCUGGAGAGAACGGCCAUGGAGCUGGCUUUGUUCCAGCAGGGCAGCCGGCGGUGGGACACGGCGGAGAGCCACCUGUUGGAUCUGUGCGUGUUGUUGUUCCGGGUCUCCUUCGACGGCUCGGGGACGCCGGCGCUCGGCCGCCUGCUGGCUCACAGCCGCCGCUCGGUGAGGAGGUUCGUGGGCUGCGAAGUGAUGCUGGAGCCGGGAGAGUACGCCGUGCUCUGCUGCGCCUUCAACCACUGGCACAGCACCGCCACGGAGUGGACGACGAGCGGCGGCCGGUCCGAGGAGCCCGGCUACAUGCUGGCGGUCUACAGCUCCAGACUGGUGAUGGUGGAGCAGCUCACGGCCUCCAACACCACCGUCGCCGACGCCAUCAUCCAUCUGACGGAAACCAAAGGAGAGAGACACGAGGGCAGAGAGGGGAUGACCUGUUACUACCUGACCCACGGCUGGGCAGGGCUUAUCGUCAUGGUGGAGAACAGACACCCGCGGCAUCACCUCCACGUGUCAUGUGACUGCAGCGACAGCUUCAACGUGGUGUCGACGCGCAGCAGCCUGAAGACCAUCGACAGCAUCCCUCCUCUGCACAGACAGGUGCUGGUGGUUUUGUCUCAGCUGGAGGGAAACGCCGGCUUCUCCAUCACUCACCGGCUGGCUCACCGUAAGGCCGCCCAGGCUUCUCUGGGGAACUGGAGUCCCUCGAAGACGAAACACAGUCCGGCUCUGAGCCCAGAGACGGCAGGUCUGCAUCAGCCUCGACCCCUCUGACCGAGAACAUGGAGGUCUUUAAAGGAACAGUCCAACACUUCAGGAGUUUGUAGUAGAAAACGAGGCGUCGUGUUUCGUGAGCUGAGUCGUGUUUCAGCUCGACAGACAUUUUUCUUUAGGAGUCAGAGCUCCAACAGAAGUUAACACAUUCCUCCAUAAAGACAUUUUAUCAGUGAUGCACUUUAUAUUUCAGAUCACAGCUCGUCUUCAGGUCCAAACUGUCUUAAUGCAACGGUGACAGACGAAUAGAAGUUAUUAACUUUAGUUAGUUGUGUCUGAACUGGCUGCCAAGAAUAUUCACAGUAAUAAUAAACCGACGACGCUGAAGUCUGCUUUUAAUUCAGAGUUUUGCAUUCAUCAGUUAAGAGGAAAGUUUAAGGGAAACAAGGUGCAUGUAUGAACGAUCUGCCUUCUCUUUGUGGUGAAAGAGUGUCAGACAUCUUAGGUAAAGCUGUCUCAAACACACGUUGACAUUUGUGAAACCUUUAUUGUACAAAAAAACAAUUACUUAGACUGCUCACAUCUGGACUAGAUGAUCACAUUAUUAAUAUUUGUAAAAAUACCAAAUAAAGGGCAGAUGUCACUGUUUUCACUUCACAUCUAGACCACUGAACCGGUUUCCCUUAACUUUCCUCUGAACUACGAACGGAAGCUUUUUUAAGGGUCGUUAAAAAAAACACGUUUAUUUAUGAAUCUUGAUUCUUAAUGUCGAAGGUUUAGAUAAAGUUUUAGCGUGGAGACUGGCUGUAUGAAAGCAUUAGCACUUUAUGAACUUUAAACUAUGCUGGAUUCUUGUGUUUUACUAUUAUGUUUUUUAAAAAAGAAAAUUGCACAAUGGAGCAAAAUAUUUGUUUGUUAAUGGAAAACAUUAUUAUUGUUAGAGACAGAAACAUAUAAACUAUGCAAAUGUUUGAAACCUGUUAUGAUGCUUUGUCAAUUAAAACAUGUUUAGCUCUUUAUCUUAUCGUUAUAUCUAUGCAUGAGUUUAAUGUAUUUAUUUUAUUGGUGCAAUAGAAUUUCAAAA